UUAACCUCACGUUUCUCUCUCCCUCCCUCUAUCUUCUUCUUUCUCUCUUCUCCCUCGCCCAAAUAGGGAGUUCUAAAAUCUCCGACAUCGUUCCUCCGUCGCUGUUGUCGCUGUUCCGAGCAGCCAUCGCCGCUACUGAGCAGUCACCGCUACCCCCGGUCUGCUCUUGAACCGAAAUUCUGCGCCGAAUCGCCUCGACUGCUGCUGCUGCUCGUCGGGAAGACGAAAUGCCGCCGCUGCGGUGCAAGCGACACUGCUGCUGCUGCUUGUCGCCGCCUCUCAGCCGCCGGGUCAGGCUGCUGCUGCCGCCGCCGGGAGCCGUUGGGGCGAGGCUGUCCGUCGCUGUCCGCCGCUGCCGGCAGCUUCCCCCUCCCCGGAACCACUCCGAACAACCCCGAUUCAACCCGCAGGAUACGUUUUUAUCACAAAGUUAAGUUCUUUCGCGUGUUCGAUCAAGUACGGCGAUAUUCGAUUAGUUCUUUGUUGUUAAAUUGUUUGAUUUGUUUAUGAGAGUGGAUCUAUGAAAUCAAGCGUAUGAAAUUUAGCUACUAAAAUUUCAUGCUUUGGGAAAGGGAUUAUACCUCAAGAAUGGUUGGACUUGGUGGUGGAUGGACAAGAAUGGUGGGAAUUUCCUCCUCUUGCUCUCUCUCGGCUCUCUCUUCGUCUCUCUCUCACUCUCUCUUUUUUUUUCUUUGGUGUAGUGUAAUGUGAGGAAGAGAUUGAAGGGCUAAAAUAAUAAUUUGUGUGACUCUUGGGGGGAGAAUUGAUGGUGGAAGAGGGAAGGUGAAGGAGUGGAAAUUGGAGGGUCUCUUGGUGAAGAACCGUCGACCAUGAAGGAAGGAGAGUUUCUUUGCUUGCUCCCAUUUGUUUGGAGAGAUUUGGGCUUCUAAAUUAAUUAAAUGGGGUUGGGCUCAAUUAGUUGUAAUGCCCACACUUGUAUAAUUUUUUAUUGGUUAGACUUUUAAUUGUUGUGGCCCAAAGCCAUUUUAUAUAAACAUUUGGACUUAAAUUUUAUUAAUUAUUUCAUGACAUAUAUUAAUUUAGUACUUAAAAAGUACGGGGGUUACAACUGGCUAUGUUGUCAUGCGUGCUGAAGGCAUAUAUGAUGUGGAUGCCAAUACAUCAAUAGAUCAGCUCUCUGAAGAACUUCACAUUAAAAUGCCAGAGGGUCAUCAAUAUGAAACCAUUUCAGGUUUUGUCUGCGAGGCAUUCGGAUAUAUCCCGAGAACAGGUGAGACAAUACAAGUAGUCCUUGAGAGAGAAAAUCAAGAGGACCAUGUUAACUAUCCGACCGGCAAGAAGAAAAUGAGAAAACUCAAUUAUUUAAGCUUGAGGUUUGUUUAAUUUUCCAUUUACUCCCCCUAUUAAUAUUAUAAGCGGUAAAAACUAGAUCAGUGGAAUUGUAUCAACUUAUAAAUAGUAAAAUGCCCAACCUUCAUGUUUUGAAGUACCAUACAUACUUAUUAUGAUAUAUGAAGAAGGCUAGGUGUACCUAUCUAAUUCACCCUUUUAAGGCAAUUAGGACGCGUUCGGUGUGGAGGAUUUCUCCAGAAAUUUGAUUUAUUUCUGCCCAUUUAUGUUGCAAUUGAUCUUGAAUUUGUAAUGAAAACUGUGUGCUUUGUUGUGCUAAAUUAAUUUCUGUGGGGUGCUUUGAUUAUCUAGCCCGUCAUAAUAUGCACCUUUGAGUUUCAUAUAAUUUUGAAUUUAAUUCCACCAUUCCCUCUGUUCUUCUGUUUUGCCCGUAAUUUUUUUUGAAUGUGUGCAUAUGUAUCAUAUAGAAAGAGUAGUCAGGUACUUAUUUGGUGAUCAGCCUACCAAACAUUUUACACUACCAUUGCGCCAUAGCCACGAUGAGAACUCCAGAUAAUUCCGCGAGAUUACUGAUGAUGCUUGAAGACAUCAUGCUAUUAUACCGGGUAGAGCGCACCAUUCUCGUACAUCGUUACAUCAGAGCCCACACAAACCGUACUAGGCGUAGGAUCAUUGAACAUGCGAGGCAAUACAGCUUGAUAAGUAAGGUUCCUCAGCAAUUGAUACACUUGGAACGACUCAUUAAUGUCACUGAUGUUGACUGUAUAGCAAACUUAAGAAUGGAUCGCAACACAUUUGAGAAGUUGUGUUGCAUCCUCACUGAGCAGGGAGGCUUGAGACCAAGGAAAUGCAUAGGCAUUGAAGAACAUGUGGUGAUUUUUUUGGGCGUCUUAGCGCAUCACAAUAAAAACCGUGUUGUCGUUUCAGUUUUUUUAGGUCCUGUUCGAUAGUGUCCCACUACAUGAACAAGGUUUUGGGGGCUGUUUUGAGUCUCCACAGAGUGUUAUUGUCGGAGCCUACACCCGUGCCGGAUGAUUGCAUUGAUCACAGAUGGAAAUGGUUCAAGGGCUGUCUCGGUACACUCGACGAUACACACAUCAACGUACUGGUUAGCAACAGUGGCAAACAGCGUUAUCGCACGCGAAAGGGGACUAUUGCAACGAACACCUUGGCUCUUUGCGAUCGCAAUAUGCAGUUUGUUUAUUUCCUACCUAGUUGGGAAGGGUCCGCCGGUGACUCUCGCGUACUCAGGGAUGCUGUGGCGCGCCCCAACGGCCUAAGAGUUCCACAGGGCUGUUACUAUUUAUGUGACAACGACUACGCCAAUAGCAACGGGUUUUUGACGCCGUACAAAGGGGUUCGAUACCACCUCAAGGAAUGGGGCAUAGGGAAUGCACAGCCACAAAAUCCGAAGGAAUUGUUCAACAUGAGGCACAGCAAGGCUAGGAAUGUAAUCGAGAGAGCCUUUGCGGUUUUGAAGAUGCGUUGGGGGAUAUUACAUAAUUGUAAUGGGCGUCGGCAUACCCGAAUGCAGAUGUGGCAGGGGGAAGAUGGAGUUGCGCCGUGCGGGGAAAACGACUACCAAUGCAGGACGCUACUACUUCAAAUGUCCCGACAAACUCACCCAUGUUGGAUCAUUUCAGUGGUACGACGAGGCUGUCCGGGGGCUGGGACAGGGAGGGAAAAGUGGCGUAGAAGGACAGGGAAAACCAGUUAUGACUGAAGAACAGAGAUCUUAUGCCAACUGCAGUGCUGGUGAAUAUAAAGGCGGUGGCCAUUGCUGCCGCGCUUCAACACCGAACGAUUUGAAGACCCUAAUGCAGCUUGGGUUCAUGGCCGUCGUGUUGGUAGUAGUGGGAAUAAUUAUAGGCAUGCUUCUGUGAACUGCAUCUUAUUCAGCAUAUGAUAGCACUUUUUUGUUAUUUACGCCAGUAUAUAUCAGCCCUUCUCGUGAUCCUUUUAUAUUUUGCCAGAUUACAUGUUGUUUUUGUGCGUAAUAGCAUCAGUAGAUGAUUCCGCGGGCAUGGACGGGCAUGUUUAAGUGAUUCCAGUAGAUGACCAAUUAGAGUGUCUUUUAUU